GCCUGGCUGUGCAGGGUGGGGAUGGUGGAUACUGGGAAGCUGGGUGCCCAGAGGAGCCCCAGAAGCUGUGCCAUCAUCAGCACCCACCUGGCCGAAGCCCGCUGGUGACCCCAGUUCAAAGGCAGGCCAGGCGCGCUGUCCUGCCCUGGUUCCGGGCUGCGGGCUGCUCUGGCCCCACCGCCUGCCCACACUGCCACUCACAGGCCUGGGUUGGGGAGGCAGAGUGUUUGGGACCCUCACUCUCCUUCUUCAAUCUUCUGAGUUGACUAAAAUCAAAACAAGAGUGGGUUUCUCUGCUGAGGGUGGGGAGCACCCUAUCCAGACCCAGGGUUCACCAGAUGGACAUGACUUGUUUCCCAGGACUGUCACAGGGCUCUGCACUUGGCCUUCAAACGUGGGCAAGCCACGGGGCCUCCAGGCCUCUCCGGGGCUGCAGAUCCGUCCUCAACAGCGCUGGCCAGUGUCUCUGACGCUGGGUAAAAUGGGUCUUCCCCUCCUGGAAGAGAUGCUGCCCCCUCGUGGUGGAUCUACUCUGGGAGAGAAAAUACUCCCAGCUGGCCUGAUACCCAGGCACAGGCUUCUCCUAAACACAGGUCUCCCCACCUGUCAGGAUGUCCAAACGGAAUUGGUGGGCUAGGUCCAGAAAGCCCCCAAGAGAGAUGCUGAAACUCUCAGGCUCUGACUCCAGCCAAAGCAUGAAUGGCCUUGAAGUGGCUCCCCCAGGUCUGAUCACCAACUUCUCCCUGGCCACGGCAGAGCAAUGUGGCCAGGAGACGCCACUGGAGAACGUGCUGUUCGCCUCCUUCUACCUUCUGGAUUUUAUCCUGGCUUUCGUUGGCAAUACCCUGGCUCUGUGGCUUUUCAUCCGAGACCACAAGUCCGGGACCCCGGCCAACGUGUUCCUGAUGCAUCUGGCCGUGGCCGACUUGUCGUGCGUGCUGGUCCUGCCCACCCGCCUGGUCUACCACUUCUCUGGGAACCACUGGCCAUUUGGGGAAAUCGCAUGCCGUCUCACCGGCUUCCUCUUCUACCUCAACAUGUACGCCAGCAUCUACUUCCUCACCUGCAUCAGCGCCGACCGCUUCCUGGCCAUUGUGCACCCAGUCAAGUCCCUCAAGCUCCGCAGGCCCCUCUACGCACACCUGGCCUGUGCCUUCCUGUGGGUAGUGGUGGCUGUGGCCAUGGCCCCGCUGCUGGUGAGCCCACAGACCAUGCAGACCAACCACACGGUGGUCUGCCUGCAGCUGUACCGGGAGAAGGCCUCCCACCAUGCCCUGGUGUCCCUGGCCGUGGCCUUCACCUUCCCGUUCAUCACCACGGUCACCUGCUACCUGCUGAUCAUCCGCAGCCUGCGGCAGGGCCUGCGUGUGGAGAAGCGCCUCAAGACCAAGGCAGUGCGCAUGAUCGCCAUAGUGCUGGCCAUCUUCCUGGUCUGCUUCGUGCCCUACCACGUCAACCGCUCCGUCUACGUGCUGCACUACCGCAGCCGUGGGGCCUCCUGCGCCACCCAGCGCAUCCUGGCCCUGGCAAACCGCAUCACCUCCUGCCUCACCAGCCUCAACGGGGCACUCGACCCCAUCAUGUAUUUCUUCGUGGCUGAGAAGUUCCGCCACGCCCUGUGCAACUUGCUCUGUGGCAAAAGGCUCAAGGGCCCGCCCCCCAGCUUCGAAGGGAAAACCAACGAGAGCUCGCUGAGUGCCAAGUCAGAGCUGUGAGCGGGGGGCGCCGUCCAGGCCGAGCGCAGACUGUUUAGGACUCAGCAGACUCAGCAAGAGGCAUCUGCCCUUUCCCCAGCCACCUCCCCAGCAAGCAACCUGAAAUCUCAGCAAAUGCCAUUUCUCUAGAUCGCCUAGUCUCAACCCAUAAAAAGGGAGAACUGACAAAGGGGAUCCAUCAGCCACCCCUCUGCAGGGGCUUGUGAUGGCUGCAAUGGCUCCUAGACACUCAACUACUUCAUCUGUGGCAGGGAGAGAGGAGGCCGGAAGAACAACCCCUGAACAAUGGAGGCCUUUCUUUCCCGCUAGGCUCCCAGCCUCCUUCCCGCUACAGAAUCGCUCAGCAGCGAGGCUCAGCAGAAAGACCCGGAAGGCAGGCUGCAAAUGACCCAGAAGAGGGACCUGGGAGUCCUGGUGGGGGCGGGGAGGGAGUCUCAAUAUUCCUGUGCAGUGCAAGGUACUCUGAGGCCCCUCUGCAGUGCCUCUGCCAGACACACACUGCCUGAGUUGAAGACACACAGGCCACACAUUUCAGGCUGGUUGCCAGCGGACGUCAGCACUCACGGCCUGCAGGGACUCAGCACAGCUCUGGAUCCUGGAUCUCUCCUGCUGUAACCCCACGCACAAGCCUGCAGCCCCCAGAGCUCUUUGACAGGCUCCCAGGCCUCCCAGUCCUGGACAAGCAUGUCCUGUGCAGUCACGGGAGCUCAGCUCAGGCCAGGGCUGGGCUGUACACCUGCCUCCCACUGACCCAGACCCACUUCCUCCAGAGAGGCCUCUCUCUGCCUGAGCUAUUUCCCUUGCUAGUGUGCAGAUAUUUCCCUAACAUGUCCUUUUUUGUAUUUGUUUGUACAGACCAUAAAUAUAACUGUAGCUUUAAGACUACACAGGUUGUUGUGUUUGGUCAACAUGAAGCGUUUCUCAGAACUUCUCUGACCCAAGAAUGGUGAAGUGGUGGUACAGUGGCAGAGGCAGCCUCGUGGGCUCUCUUGCUGGGGCUCUGGCAGCUCACAGCACAUCUGCCCAGAUUCUGAGGUUCUGCACUGUGGGGCUGGGAGGGCCAAGUGGGGGCCCUCAUUCCUCACUCUAGCUGCCACCCUGCACCGUCCUUACGGCAAUACGCUUUUGUAGCAUGUUUGACUUUCCAAAACGUUUCCAGCAUCUUUCGGAUUUCCCCAACCAGCCCUUGGGGCAGUGGCCCUGUGCAAACCUUGGCUCAGGAAGGAGAUUGGGCUCGCUCCACACACCCUGUCGGCGACGUUGCUGGUCAGCACAAGCCCCUGUUGCUGUCCCUCGGCCCCUGCACUGCACCAUCUGCCCCUCAGCCCUUAAUUUAGACCAGCUGCUCAA